AUGCUUCAAAAAUAUAAGGAGAAGGUUGGUGAGGUCUUUCAAGAGCCAAAGCAGAAUCUUGAUGACAUGUUAAGUCGGGCACAGGACCGAGUCUGUUCCAGGAGCCCGACAACAAGAUUGCCACUUUGGACUACAAAAAUCACUCCACCAACUAAGAGCGGCCAUGUAUCAUUACCUACUGUCCACAAUUCCACAAUACGGCCCCAGAACCAGGGCAUGGAUCCUCCACCUGGGCAACCCAUGGAGCAACAAGAGUGCCCAGAUGGCGGUUCUCCUGCUCCGUUCCCUCAGCAAGGAGGAGUUCAACUGUUGAGGGUUUCACAGGCAGCAUCUCUAGCGAUGCUAAUAUCUGGACAAGUGGGGAUUGUGACAGAGAUGAUUGGACUCGCCUUGAACGGCGGCAACAGACACUCUCUGUUGGACCGAUCCCUGUCUAUUGUGGCUGGAGCCGCCACAGGGGGCUCCCUUGCGGACAGGAGUAGCACGUACCUUAGACCAGCAGAACUUACCGACAUCUUACAACGCGUUACCUACGUUUGGGUGAGGGACUGUACCCGGGAUAGGGGGAUGCCCAGGUCUUGGUCUUCGGAACGCGCCUUGUACAAGCUAUUCAAGCCCCGCUUGGAUAGCAAGAUGAAGCGCUGGCCUCAGCAGGACGGUGACAAGGUUCAGACCAUUGGUUUCAAGCUGGCUGGCAUGGGUCAGAAGGAUGGUUACGACGCCGGUAGUGAAGGCAGUAGCGAGAACCUGGAAGACACCUAA